AAGCGGAGCGGCUUGCAUCGGCGUCGCGGGGCUCCAGCGGAAGAUUCCGUCGGUCAGUAUUAUGAGCGAGCGAGAUGACACACAUCCAGAAGGAGCCGUGUUUGUUUUGUAUGGCGAAAUGAGGCAGGGGGUGGAGAGUCGCCACAGAGACGCUGGGCUCCGGCCAAACAUCACCGCAUUUUAGCACUUAUUCGAUGCUCGGGAUUUGCAUUGCAUUGCAUCUGCUGCAUCGCUGAUCGGCUGUAUUUCUGCAAAGUGCACGGAGGAACAUGCAGCUUGUUUGAGGACACCCCCCCUCCACAUAUCCAGAGCUGCCAUGAUAGGCAGAGGUCUCCUCUCGACCGCGGCUCGGCCGGUUGGAGAAGAGGCAGAUUGAUUUGGGACGGUGGGUCGCAUCUGCGGAUGUUAUUCCGUCUGUGGAGCCUGUGAAUAUCAUCCGCGCUAACACACCGUGAUUCUUACUCAGGGAACGAGGAGAAAGAAAACAACAUGUCUUCUCGAUCUGCAUUACCGUCUGGAAACGACAGGAGUACUGGAGACCAUCAUGUGUCACUGGGGGCCAGCCGCUCAGACAAGGCCACCAGCCAGUCCAGCCGCUCGCUGGGCGCCCGGUGCAGGAACUCCAUCGCCUCCUGCUCUGACGAGCAGCCACACAUCGGCAACUACCGUCUGCUCAAGACCAUCGGCAAGGGAAACUUUGCCAAGGUCAAGCUGGCCCGCCACAUCCUGACGGGCAGGGAGGUUGCAAUAAAAAUCAUUGACAAAACUCAGCUGAACCCAACCAGCCUACAAAAGCUUUUUCGGGAGGUACGAAUAAUGAAAGGCUUAAAUCACCCUAACAUAGUGCAGCUGUUCGAGGUGAUUGAGACGGAAAAGACCCUUUACCUAAUCAUGGAGUACGCCAGUGGAGGUGAAGUGUUUGACUACCUCGUGUCUCAUGGGAGAAUGAAGGAGGUUGAAGCCAGAGCCAAAUUUCGACAGAUUGUUUCCGCUGUCCACUACUGCCACACGAAGAACAUUGUCCACAGAGAUUUGAAGGCGGAGAACCUUCUGCUGGACGCCGACGCCAACAUCAAGAUCGCCGACUUCGGCUUCAGCAACGAGUUCACGCUGGGCAACAAGCUGGACACGUUCUGUGGCUCGCCGCCCUACGCUGCGCCGGAGCUUUUCCAGGGAAAGAAGUACGAUGGGCCCGAGGUGGAUGUUUGGAGUCUGGGCGUCAUCCUGUACACGCUGGUCAGCGGCUCGCUGCCCUUUGAUGGCCAGAACCUGAAGGAGCUGAGGGAGCGUGUGCUGAGGGGAAAGUACCGUGUGCCCUUCUACAUGUCCACAGACUGUGAGGGGAUCCUUCGCCGGUUCCUGGUGCUCAAUCCCGCCAAACGCUGCACCCUCGAGCAAGUCAUGAAGGACAAGUGGAUAAAUUCAGGGUACGAGGGAGAGGAGCUGAAGCCCCAUAUAGAACCUGUGGAGGACUACAGCGAUCCAGCUCGCAUAGAGGUGAUGGUCGGGAUGGGCUUCACUCCAGAGGAAAUCAAAGACUCUCUGCUCAAUCAGAAAUACAAUGAGGUCACCGCCACCUACCUGCUGCUGGGCCGCAAAGGCGAUGAGGGCGGUGAGGCCCGCACUGCUAGUAGCCUGUCCCUGGCGAGGGUACGACCCAGCCCCAUCACCAACGGGACCAACAAGCACUCCUCAGCCACCGGCUCCUCCUCCUCCUCCACUUCCUCCUCACAUAGCAAGACCCAGCGCAGUGCCUCCACCUACCACAGGCAGCGGCGACACAGCGACUUCUGCGGGCCCUCCAUGCCCGUCAUGCACCCCAAGCGGAGCCCGACCAGCACGGGCGACCGGGAGCUGCGGGAGGGACGGAUGCCCUCCCGUAAGGCCAGCUGUAGCGUGAUGGGGAGCCACAGCCUCCCCCCCUCCAGCCCUAUGGUCAGCAGUGCCAAUAACCCCAACAAGUCCGAGAUCCCAGACCGCCGCAAAGACAUGACUGCCACCACGAAUAACAUCCCUGGGAGCGCCAUGACACGCCGGAAUACAUACGUGUGCACCGACCGCUCAGGCGCCGACAGACACUCUCUCCUGCAGAACGGCAAAGACAACAGCUCCCUGGGACACCGCCUGCCCGCGGCGUCUCCCUCCACGCUCAGCAUCUCUGGGGCCGGAGCUGCCUCCUCCUCCUCCUCUUCGGACCGAUGCCGCUUGACCCGAGGCUCCACGAUCCGCAGCACCUUCCACGGGGGGCAGCUGAGGGACCGUGGCCCCCCGGUGUACUCCGCCCCGCCCACGUCGCCCACCCUGUCCCACCACGACGCCAGCCCGCUGCCCCACGCUCGCACCAGGGCCACCUCCAACCUUUUCACCAAGCUGACCUCCAAACUCACUCGCAGGGUCACAAAUGAAUCUGAGGGAAUCAGGAGAUUUGCGGUCACAAGUUGCCAUCUACCUGGGUAUCAAAAAGCGUCCGAGCCCCGGGCCGUCGGACGUGGCUGGGAUCUGAGAGGCGGUGGGCGGCGGGACCCUGCGGAGGUGGUACUGGCUCUGCGGGAGGCGGCGCUCGGAUGUGGCUGCCAGGUCCAUCAUGCCGGCCCCUUUCUGCUCUCCUGCACCCACGGCGUGGCAGGGGGCCGCGUGGCUUUCGAGGCCGAGGUGUGCCACCUUUCCACGGGCACCUCGGAGACUUCUAACGGGGUGCGCUACACGCGACUCUGGGGGGCACCGCUAGCUUUUCGGGACAUUGCCACCCAAAUCUCCAAGGACCUUGAACUUUGAACGGAGGGUGUGUUUCGUACGAGUGUGCGUUUCUGUGUGAGUGUUUAUGUGUGUGCACGAAGGGAAUCGAAGACGGGAACAAAAAAAACAAACAACGCAGAGAAGGGACGAGG